AACGGAGGAAAAAGGAUGGAAUGGCUGAACUUUGUUAUUACCAACUUGUUAUUCAGACUUGGAGGGAAAUGGGGGAGUGUAAUUAUUGUUUUGUUAAAUGGUUAAUUAUCUCGGUGAUGAGUGGCUCCAGGAGAAAAUGUGACAGAACGUUUUUUGUAGAGAAUUGAAUUCUCUGCAGAUAUGAUUUUCUCACUUUUUCCUCUAAGAUUACUCGUUCUGAAGAUAAAUUAAUUAUUAACAACAAUUAGAUGGAAUUGAUGGAGCAAAUCAAUUUUUCACGUGGAAUUGAUGAAAUGGCCGGAGUUUUUUCAUCCGAAAUCCCGCUCAAUUUGCUCGGGAACUGUUGCCCCACUACUACAAACACAACAACAUGGCCAGUUUCGUGAGGCAAUUGAACAUGUACGGUUUUCACAAAAAGGUCUCGGUGGAGCUAGGUGGGCUGAAGUGCGAGAGGGAUGAGAUGGAAUUUGCCCAUCAAUACUUCAUCAAGGAUCAUCCGUAUCUGCUGGAGCAUAUCAAACGCAAGAUCGCGAAUAAAUCCCAGGACACUCACCUCCCGAUGAAAUCCGAGAUGAUGAAUAAGGUUUUAUCAGAAGUUCGAACGAUGCGAGGGAGGCAGGAGCACUUGGACACUCGGCUGGGUGCGAUGAAGCGGGAGAACGAGGCCCUGUGGAGGGAGCUAGCCAUGCUGAGGCGAAAGCACCUCAAGCAGCAGGACAUUGUCAACAAGCUUAUUCAUUUUCUCGUCACCCUGGUCCAGCCUGGGAGGGGUGGUGGGCUGUCGGUCAAGCGGAGGUAUCCCCUGAUGAUCGAUAAUCAUCAGAGGAGCAAACACCCCAAGAUGUCAAAGCCGGAAGCGUCACCCACUGGACCCACAAUUCACGAACUCGAUGGAGAACACGAGCAUGAUUUGAACUCCCAAUACAUCGUCGCUGAAAUGCUGGAGAAUCACACGCCAGCGAUUCAAAGUCCGGCGUCGAUAGAAACGGAGCUAGACGACGACAACACCGAGACUAUCUAUCACACAGCUGACGAGACAGUUGACCGAGAGAUUCGACUGCUCCAGGCGCAGGAGGAGGCAGUGAAGAAGCAGCUAAACAUAAAACCCAAGAAGAAGAGGAAAAACAAGGUGCCUGUCAAAAUUCUGAUACCACCGACGCAAGCUGGGGCGAAACCGAGGCAAGAAACACUGUUGCUCGAUGUGAAUCCCGAGGAGCCAGUGCUUCCCAUUGCCCUCCUAGAGAACAAGAUAAAGCAAAAGCCAAAGGCAGUGCCCCUGAGGACAGUCAGAAGUUCAAAGCUCACGGCUAUGGCAGCUAACAUCAACAAGAUGAACUCGGGGGAGGAAUCUGAGGUCGAGGAGCCCCAGGAGAACGCCGAUGUCGACCUCAACGACAUUCUCAUCAUCCCCGAGGUGACGUUGAGUCAGGAGGAAGAGGGAGGGCCCAAGAAGAAUGGAGCCAGGGAGCCGGAGCUGGGACAGGCCCCCAAUGUCUAUCAGCAAGUUGAUCAGGACCCUUCGUCCAGUGCUAAGAGUAAAGAUUUGUCGUUGAGUCGGGUCAAUCCCUCGGGGACUGAAGCUAACUACAGGUUAGGAUCGAUGGAGGAGAUGGACAAUCAUCUGGAGACGAUGCAGAAUGAACUGGAUAAUCUUCGCGAUAUACUUCGUGGUGAAGGUUACAGUAUCGACGCCAACACACUGCUUGGACUUUUUGGGGGUGACGAUCCAAUGUCGUUUGGAAUUCCAAUGAAUCCCGAGUUGAAUCCAAAUCAGCGCGAUAGGGAUGAUGAUGAUCAUCUGUGUGAUAAUACUGCAGCCACCGGGGGUGAACUGAUGGCCUACAACCCGACCUCCAGUCUUCUUGACUUCGAUGACGACAUUUUUGGUGUAUCAAACCCAUCAAUAAACAGUCCAGUGAAUCCAGCCAGCAUCCAAAAUUUCUACAGUCCUGAUCCCCUGGGCCUGGAGGACAGCAAGGGAGCUCUUCUCGAGGCUCUAGCAGCACAGAAUAACGCCAAUUCGUCCACCAGUUCGUAGAUUAUUCAUCAUUGCCUUGGAAAACAGCUGGAUAAUCUAGGCGAUGAAUAAUUUCUUGAGAAAACUGUUUCGAAAAAAGAUGAUUUAUCAAUUAAGUUGAAGAGUCCAUUAAUAGCAAUAGUUCAUCAAUUUAUUAACGAAAAAUAAGCACAUACUCACCACGAAUACUGUAGACGUAAGAUGAUGGAUUAAACGCAGUUUGAAUUCUCAAAAUCAAUAUUUGUACGUCAUAAUUGAAUUUUUAGCUGAAUCAAAUCAAAUAUGAAUGGAUAAUUAACUUUAAACCAUUAAAAUAUAGACUCAACAGGCUUGAGAUAUGACGAAUUAUCAGAUCUUUUUCGAAGCAAACGAGAUUUUCAAAACAACGUUGUAAAUAAUCUGGGCGAUGACCCCAGAAAUCGAUCGAUGAGUAAAUAUAGAUGGUGAGUGAUUUUAUUUAAUACUGUGUUUAUUUUUUAUCUCCCACAACGCAACAGCGUUUAUCCUCACUGAGAUAAAUAAUUAACCAAUUAAAGUUGUGAGAAUUUGAUUAUUGGGAAUGGGUAAUUGUAAAAUGCUUUUAAACUGCAUUCAACUCUUAUAAUCGAGUGAAUAAAUUAUCGAGAGAUGAAAGUUAUUCGUUUGUUAAUAUCAUCAGUUAUUUUUGGAUUUUUUUUGCUUCCGAAUGGAAGCUUUUUAUUGGGAUGAUAGGUACCUCUGCGUUUAUUUUGCACUAAUGAUGAAUAAUCAUUCGGUUUGGUUUCACAAUUAAAUUCAAGCAAGAAGAAACAAUAAGGGAGAAUAAUAAUGAAAGAAUGAGUAAUAUCGAGUGCAAGUAAUUUUUCUCUUUUACAUUGAAUAAAUUAAAGACAAUGUUUUUAGUAAGAAAAAUAUAUUUUUCAUUCGGGAUUAAGUGUGAAUACAGCAUCAACCAAACUGAGAAUUCAUAAUUUAUAUUAUCGAUUGGAAUUAUUCUAUUACCUAUUAGAAUUCACGUUUAUCCUCGUUAUGGUGCUAUAUCUCAUUAUGGUAUCUUUUUUCCACGAUAACUUAGGAUUAAGUCUGCUGUUUGGAAUUAUUUUAACGAACAUAAAGAAUUAAAUACGUUAAUUGUCAUGAGUUCAGGAGGUGAUUGAAAUAAAUAAAUGAAAUAUAGAGUAUAUUAAAUAAUAAUGAAAAUAGCGUUGAAAAAUUAUAACAACUCUUUGGUACUUUUUUACGUCCAGACCUGCAGCUUUUAAGUCGAAAAAUCAUUUGAAAAAAAAUUUCACCUGAAAUUUCGUUAUUUUUAAUUGUUCGACUGCAUCAUGUCCUGAACCCCUCGAGUGUAAAUUAUUAUUUGAUCGAGAAUGGCUCGAACAUUUUGCAUAAUUAGUCGAUAUUUAUCAUCACAUUUUCAAUGUAUUAGAUUUUAGAAACUGAAUUUAUUAACACUGUAAAAAUAAUAUACGGAUUUUGUUCUCAUUGGGAUUGAAAUUUUUAUAAAAUCCAUUCUGUACUUCAGUUUUUCAUUGGAUACCAACUACUCGCAAAUUGUUGUAUUUAAACUUUCAAUUUUUACGUGAUUCUCUAAAAAUGUCAGAAGCAGAAUGGAAAGAGAAGAAAUAUUAGACCUAAAUAACGACUUCUAAAUACAGUAAUUGGUGAAUACUGACGUAAAAAUAUGUAAAAAAUGUCAACAAUGGUAAAUUUAUGUGUAAAUACAGUUGAUAAGUAAUGA